AUGUGCCCCUGCGCGCUGCACGGCGGCCCCCCCGCGCCCUGCCCCUGCAGCCCCGGCCGCGCCGCCCGGCCCUCGGCCGCCGCCCGCCUGGUCGCCGCCCGCCUGCGCCGCCUGGGCGAUGAGCUGGAGCAGCGGGCGGCGCGGCGCAAGGCGCGGGGCCGCGGCCCCUCGGCCGGCCGCCGCUUGGCCGCCGUGGUGUGCCUGCUGUGCGCCCUCACGCCCGCGGCCGCGCUGGCCUGGCUGAUCCGCAGGAGGAGCCUCUAG